UUUUAAAGUUGUUUUCGUCAUUUAUCGUCGUGUCAGUAAUUGACAGGCAGCUCGUUUUUUUCAUAAAUUCUAACUUAAACCUGCUGUUAUCACUUAUCACAAUCACUACAACAUGACACUACUCUCAGUAUAACCUAUUUACGCCGAAAAGUAGCCGCCAAAACUAUUCUGCCACGUAGAGAAUAUGCAUGGGAACGCAACGAAAGCGAUCGGUUGAGUAGCGCACCCGUACCGCCACGACUAAAGUUUGUUUUUCUUACGUGUCCGAAGUAGUUAACAGCGCGAACUCGAUAUAAAACGCAACAAAAAUGAUCGAUUUGAUAACGCAAACGUGCAAGCACAUAAAAGUCUUAGUUCUAGUCACCUUCACCGUACAAUUUUUGAGUUUAGUGCAAGCGACAAAUAAGCCGCUGCAAGUGAUCUAUGCCGUAAACGCCGGCGGCGAGGAGCAUACGGACCGGCAUGGAAUACGGUAUGAGGCGGAUCCUCUGCAUGGGGUCAUCGGCACCGCUUCUGCCUACGGUAAACAGCUGCUGAUGAUCGGCCGAGUGCCCCAGAGUGACGAGAUCCUUUACCAAACCGAACGCUACCACACCGCCAAUUUUGGCUACGAAAUUCCAAUCAGCGGCGACGGAGACUAUGUCCUCGUGCUCAAGUUCUGCGAGGUCUACUUCAACGCUCCAAACAUGAAGGUUUUCGAUGUGGUCCUAAAUGGGGAGCAUACAGUCAUAGCUGAGCUCGAUAUUUUUCAACAAGUUGGCAAGGGAGUCGCCCAUGACGAAUACAUUUUCUUCACUGUAUCCCGCGGUAAAUUGUUCUACAAGGAAGAAGAAUCGGAUAUCAAAGCCUCCAAGAUUACCAUAGAAUUCGUGAAAACUGACCGCGACAAUCCGAAGAUCAACGCCUUUGCCCUGCUUAAAGGGGACGUCGAACGAGUGCCCAGAUUGCCGCCCCUGAACAAUGACGACCCAACUGAACGCUCAGUAGAGCAAGAUAUCAUCAAUGAGGAUAUCAUCGAGAAGCCGACCUCCACGAAAGCACGAAAGACGAGUGGCCCGCGGCAGCCCAACCCCUACUCGAUGGACGACUCGUCCGUGAUGCUGCCCGUCUUCAUCGCAAUCGGAGCCUUCAUCCCACUGCUGUUCUGUUUAUGCAAGCUGUGAUUCAAUAUUCUGGUCUGAUUUUUGUUGAUCUUGACAAUUUUUGUGAAGUUUCUAUAGUCAUUUAGUGUAACGUCCAAUAUUUUGUUUGUUGAGUUUACGAGAAAUUUGGAAUUCAAGCGGUGACGGCACCUUAAAUAGGUUUUUGAUUGAACGCGUGAACCAUGUGUGUAACCCGUUUUACCUCCUGACAAAAGGGAACGAUAUCAAUCAUACAAUGCUGAUGCGUGACUCUAUGCUUUCGGUGAAAAUAUGUUUUCCCAUUUUAAGAUUGAAUGACACCCCAGUGGGCUGUGGGCUUCAUACAGGCAAAACUAGUAUAAUGAAUGGAUGUCGUUGUCAGUUUGCCUGCCUCUAUUAAUGUUUUCUAUUAGAGGUAGAACCAAGCUUGCCCUUCAUCCGAAUACGGUAGCUAAAUUGCAAAGGUUGCGGGAAAAGUAUGCAGAGUUUGAGGAAUUAUGGUAAAAGGUAAAAACCGCGAAGCCUAACGCGCCCUGGCCUUUAUUAUAUUUUUUUCUUUUGUGAAUAAUAAAAACGCAGACAAGAUAAACGUCUCAGGGUUUAUACUAAAUAGAAAAGAGACCACAAUCCAGCAGCUAAGCUCUUCAGGAAUAAAAGGUUUUGUGUUUCCUGAUGUAAAGAGCUAGGAAGGGACUCACGUUCGAGGAUGUAAAAACAAAACUUUAUGAGAAUCGAAGAUUGCAGUCCAUCUCUCGAUCACAACCACACUUAUGAUUAGACUUGUUCGACAAACUUUUAAUGGGAAUAUAUAGAAAGGAAAGAAAAGGGUGGAUGAAUAGGUAACUUAUGUAGGGUCUAGUUUUGUGGUCCUAUGCUUAUUAUUUAUUUGCAUGGAUAGUCCCAUUCUAAUGGCUAAGCUCAGGAGUUCUCAACUAGGUUCACAUAGUCAACCCGAUUUUUCGGGUUUGAAAAGGAAGGAGGAGGAAAAACGAUGUAUAGUAGGGAGAGAAAUCAAACGGAAAAUUUAACUAUGAUCAAAAUACACAGCGCUCCGAAUCCUGUCGGUCUUCGGUCGACGGCUGCGCUCGCCUGCAAUCCAGUAUUGUCUCCUCCGACAUUACUCGUUCGGUUCCUACAAUUCGGCCAUCUUGCGAUUCAUACGACUCAAAUGAAAAAGGCUCGCAACACUUCACCGCUUCAUGACAGGUUGUGGUAGCUUUCGGCCCGUCAUGAAUCCCUUACUUUAUCACAUCAUACGUGCCGUUACACCCCAAAUAUUUAGGUUUCAACUUUAGUCCAGGCCCAAAUUGCGUACGUUUUAUCGCUAUCAGGUCAACAUUUUGAUAUCGAUGAGGUUUCUUUCGACGUACGCACGUUUUAGUGUUUUUUUCUGAAACCUAGCGAUUUGGUGUUUUGCAGUUUCACGUUUGCGGUUCCUCUCAUUACCGAAUGUCGAGAUAGGCGUUUCAAUGAUGUCCACUAACAGCUCAAAUGAUGUUACGUCUAUACUUCUGUUCAAAGUCGACUUGAUUGCCAGCUGGGCAAAUGAUACGUACUUGCACUACUUUGUAGAUUCAUCCGCAGCUAAUUUCGACAGAGCUGAUGCGACAACGCUAUUUAAUCGCUCGAUUUAUCCAUUUGCCCGGGGUAAUCCAGUCGUUAUGAGCAGAUAUUGUAUGUUCUCCCUUUCCCUUUCUCAAAUUUCUAGGACGUAAACGCUGAUCCUCGAUCCGUGACGAUUUUUAACGGAUUCCCAUUCCAUCUUUGCAGUUAGCUCUGCUGCCAUCGUUGUUUCUUCCAGUAAAGCCACGCAUAUUUCGUGGAGCUAUCCACAAUCACCAAAAUCUUACAUCCUUCGUGCGACGAUAUUGGUGGACACAGACAUUCAGCAUGAUAAGUAUGCAACGGUACAUUUCCCAUCUCCAAGUCCCUUUUCUAUCGCCGUUGCCAUAUGUUGAACUUUGAUCCAGACCUAUAUUUGAUGGCAUAUUGAUUUUUCUUCCAGAAACAUGUCCCAUCGAGCUAUUUGAAACAAAAUCUUUCUUUUUCAUAGUUUAUUCGAAACCUAACAAUCAUUAUGUUGAAGGGUAUACUUAGCAAAUAUACCCGGAAUUUACGUAGAACCUGAAAUACGGCUAGAACCUCUAAUUCGUAGGAUGAUAACUUUUCUUCUUGCGCGUGGUAUAGUACGUGUAAUGAAAUCGAACGUUUUCUACUGACUUUUGUAAAAGUACAACUCCAAGUCCUUGCUUACUGGCAUCGGUAUGUAUUUCUGUUUCGAGAUUGGAGUCGUAAAUCUGUAGAGCUGGUUGCUCCGACAUUGAAUUUUUCAACAUGUUAAGUCCUUUUCGCUGAAACUUUACACCGUCUCGAAGUAGGUCAUUCAGUGGUUUCGUUAUCAAUGAGAACUUCGGGAUGAAUUUUCGAAAAUUUUCUGAUAAUCCCAGGAAGUUUUGCACUUCUUUAACACUUGUCGAGAAGGUGAUAUGCCACCAUUUUCGAAAAUGCUUCCCAGAAAUUCGAUUCAUUUUACCAAAAAUUGGCAUUUCUUUUUGUUAAUGAUUGGACCAUAGUCCCUGACUACUUGCAAUACUGCUUUCAACUUUUAAUUUCCCUCACGUUCAUCGUAUGCCGUUACAAUAAUAGCGCCCAUGUAUGGAAAUGCUACUCCUCGAUUCGACAAGUCCCAAAAUAUGCAAUUCAUAAAUCGUUGAAAUAUGGAUGGUGAAUUACUCAAGCCAAGCGAAAUAUGACGAAACUGAUAUUGGUCGGAAGAGGAAGAAGAAUCCGUCCUUCAAGUCUAAUGUGGUGAAGAUAAAUAAACCCCCUGGAAACCAAUCCUUUUUGAUUAUUUUAUUGACGACAAUAAUCUAUCACAACUCGAGGUUAUCUGCCCUUUUCAAUGCUACUUGGACUUGACUCGAAUAUUCCGAUACUGAUGUUUCGAUGAUACCCUUUUGAAGUCAAACUUCGAUUUGCUUGUCGGCUAUUUCACGCUCUUUUAUUUGAAGUCUUCUUGGUACGCUGAAUAUUGGUUUCGUGUCCUUUACUACGAUAGACAUUUUUACUUCAGUUUCUUUUAUCCUUUUGAGAACAAAAUCAGCGAUAGUUUUUUCGAUCUCUUUCUUUUCCUGGAUUGAAAUUGUUUCGCCAAUAUUCCAUUCUUCAUAAUGUCGUACAUCGAUGUACAUUAGCGAAGCACUGGGCUAUAUUUUUCUGAUGAACCGCCCGGCAUAAUUUAGAAUCAACGCAGCUUUUUGGAAAAAGCCGCUUCCAACAAUGAUAUCAAAAGGCAUAACGAAAAUCUAGCAGUAUAAUCAUCGCCAUCUCCUUUCACUUUCGUUCCAAAUGUCCUUUUUGGGUAAACGUCAUUCCCCUGUUCGCCGCAUAAUCGGAACACUAAUAGCUGCAACGUCUCCGCUAAUACCAGGUUAACUUGACUGCCCGUGUCAACCAGUUUGGAUAUAGUGAACAUGGGCGAUUCUCCGAUUUCAGCGCGACUAACUAUCUCCUUCAUUUUUAGCAAAUACAGUAGAAUCCAGAUGCGGUCAAGGGACUGACGGUUUGGUACGAAAUAUCGGGAUUACCAAUUAUUGGGAGUACAAAAUAAAAAAAAUUAACGCUGGAGUCCUGCAAAUUUAUGUGAAUCGAAUAAUCGAUGUACAAAUUAUCCGGAUUCCACUAUUCUCCAACUCCCUGACUCUGACUCUUUUUCUGUAUUUUUGCGAUUCAUAAGAUGAUGUAAAUUAGCGCCAUUCAACUUUUCUACGAACUCUUCGCAAACAGCCGCUUUCAGUCUACUCCAGGUUGUUAGAUUUGAUACGUCUUGCACAAAAAUCUUUGCUAGCCCUUCCAAUAACCUUUUCAUAACAAUCAGUUUGUCUGUCUCUGUCCACCCGAACGAGGUCCCUGUUUCCUCCAUCUCUUCAACCCAUUUCUUCACUAGAUAGUUAUCUCCGCCAUUAAACGAUUUUCUUGCAAUAUUCCGGCGAGCCGAUACUGAAUUUAUAUCCAGCGGAUUCUCGAAGACUCCUUGCCAAACACGACUUUGUGAAGGUUUUUUUUAUGGUUUUCACUAUCGGCAAUGAUAAGCUAUCUUAGCAAAGUAUGUUGAUUGUUUGUAAAUCACACCCUCAUUCUUGUCAAUUUAUUGCGCGUCGCGUCCAGUAUUUAGAAUUUUCCCGGCUGGGUCCCCGAAUUGUAGGGAGAUAUAGAUCAAACGGUAAAUUUAACUAUGGUCAAAAUACACUUUAUUGCAUAUCUCUCAUACAUAUGUAAAUUCACUUCACGGCGUUCAGAUUACUAAUCUCAGUCUUCGGUCGACGACUGCGUUCGCCUGUCAUCCAGUUUUGCCUCCUCCGAGAUUGCUUUUUCGAUUCCUACAAUAUUUUGGAACUUUUUAUUUUUUGACAUCAUCUUCUUUCAGUUCUACACACUUCUCCCCAUACAUGUAAAGCGGGGGUGUAAAAUUUUUUUUCACCAAAUAUAGUCAUGUUGGGUAGCAAAUGAAAGGUCUCGAUUAGUACUGAUUUUAGUU